AUGUAUGAACAAGAUACCAAGGAGCAGCAACUACAGCAACAUCAGUUCACUUCAAGUUCAAGUAAUGGUCAUGGCAUCAACAAUCAACUUCAAGUUGUAUAUGUCGAUGACAGGAGUUAUGAAGAUGGUAUCUCACCACUGAACAACAAUACAGAACUAUCAAGCAUAAGUUCGGAAAGUGAAGAUGCUGGUGGCACUGAUGUGUUUGGUCCAUUCGAGGCCCAUCCACAUCAACAUCCUCAACAUCAACACCAACAACAAUAUCAAGAACAAGAGCAAGAGCAGGAACAGGAACCAGAACAUCAAGAUGACACUCCAGUAAUACCAUUCACCGCGUUUAUCGAGUCAAAGCAUGAAAGACAAAUGGACUUCUUAAAUGAAGAUCCUGUUACUGCUGCAGUUCAGACUGUGGAGCAGGAGCAGGAGAAGGAGGAUGAGGAGAAGGGGAUGGAAACAUUGUCGAUAAAUGUGGUGGAGGAUGCGGAUGAGGACAUCCCUGGCAUGCAUGACGCCCCUUCCGGUGUAAUUAACGAGAUAUCCUCACCUGCUCCACAACCUACCCACCUCCCUCUACCAUUCAUUGCCACACCAACAAUAGCAAUACUUCCAGAUGACUUGGUCGAUGAGCCUUUGACUCUAUCAGUGGCCACACCAUCUCCAGUGUCAAUAGCAUCACCCUCACUACACAUCCAUCAUGUCAGAUCAUUCUCCACGCCAACAGUCACCUCGCCACAGUCCACCUCUUCCACCAGCUCACAAUCACCGACCACACCAACAUCUGCCGCCGCUGCCGCUGCCGGUGCCAAGCCCGGCUUCUUCAAGCGAAUAUUCCGACGCAGCGAAUCAGUUUCACCAAUCAAACCAAUCACACCAAUCAAAGAGGACGGCGCACUUGGACAUGAAUCUGGAUCGAGCAGUAAUGGCACAAGUAAAGAGAGCAGUAGAGAUGGCAAGGACAAUCAUGCCAGCGAAGGAUUCUUCAACACAUUCACAAACCUGUUGUCAUCGUCUCAGACAAAGUUGCCGAGUACGACGACGACAACGAGGUCAGCGCCACCAACACCACUCUUGGAACAGACUAUGGACGAGUUGGAUAAGCGGUCAUCAGUGAUGGAGCCAUUCUCAUUGCAACAGACUGAACUAUUCCCCACGGCAACACAAACGAUCUCACCCUUGGGCGACGAGGCCCCAAAGGACUUUGCCAAGUUCAUCGAGCUAAGUGAGCCCUACUCAUACGAGUCAUUCCUCGAGAAGUUGGAUGCGGCGCCCUACUUCAAGUCAUCGAUAGACAGUUUCAUCAGCAAGUUGAAGAACAGGAAUGUGACCAACGAUGACCUGCGCGAAGCACUGAUGGACUUUAGCACCAAUCUAAUGCACUCACUCAGCAACGAUGCACAGUGGAAGCAUGCCUCUGACGCUGAGAUCCAAUUCACCUCACUACAUCUACAACAAUACGUCAUUGAGAAGAUCUACGACCAUGUAUUCCGCGCGACCGAAGACGAGGUGGAGAAGGAUGACAAGCUGUCGUUGAUGAUCGAGCGGCUGCACUUUGUGCUGCCGGCGCAUCUGGAGAUCCCGUCGAGCAACUGCAACGAGCAGAUGUGGCAGGAGGCUGGUCAGUACCUACAGAAGAUCAACAUCACCAAGAGCUGUCGACACAAGGUCAUGUACAUUGUAAAGUGUUGCAAGUCCAUUCUUAGCAACCUGGCACUCACUAGUGGUGAGACACAUGGUGCCGACUCCUUGCUUCCCCAUCUCAUCUACGUAGUACUUCGUACCAAUCCCCAACAUCUACAAUCCAAUGUCACGUUCAUAAGCAAGUUCUCUGAUUGUUCAGAUUCUGAAGCUUUAUAUUAUAUGACACAGUUGAUAUCUGUUAUAUACUUCAUCGAGAAUAUCAAGGCAGAGUCACUAAAGAUUGAUAAGAAGGAGUAUAAUAAGCUGAUGGGUGUGACGUCUUCGUCCAACAAGUCUUCCAAGAGGAAUAGUCAGACCAUCAGCAAGUCCACCUCCUCCACAUCCAUCGCUACAUCAGACACAUUGACAUCUAUAUUGGAACAACAUCAUCAACAACAAAAGGCACCAAGUCUAUCAGCCACGGCCAUAGCACCAGCAAUAGUCGAUAAGGUGGAUACACAACAAUCGAGACCGACAGUAUUCGAUGAUAGUGCAUUGGCAACACUGGCAGAGAUGUUCCCAGAUUGUAACACGCAGUAUCUAAUCAACUGUAUUGUAUAUAUUGACAAUAAGCAUAAGGAGAAGCAUCCUGGCGCAUCAUUGGCACCGGCUCAACUGGUCAAUCGUGUCACCAACAUGAUUGCCGAGCAUCAAGGUUACCUCCAAGUCAACCAGACACUUCCAUCAUCCUCUUCCUCAUCAUCAACAACAACAAAGAAGAGGCAAGCAAGUGGCCAGGGUGCAGAGCUUCUCAAUCCAACUCCCUCAUCAUCAACAUCAUCAUCCUCAAGCAGCAGCGCCAACACGAACAGUCAAUACUACCAACAAUUACUCGAUCAAAAGGAUAAUGAGAUAAGGAGGAUGCAGGUGGUUAGCCAACUGGACAAGCAGGAGAAUAAGGAGUUGAAACGUCGUGUGUUGGAACUUGAGGAGGAGAAGCAACAGCAGCAGACACGUCUGCGAAACAGCACGUCUGGCAUCAACAAUGUAAAUAUGAACUGGCUGACGUUUGGCGCGACCAACCUCGAUUCACUCAAGUACCCCGACAUCCCUCAGUUGCUUGAACAAUACAAACUCAUGUACAGUGCGCUGCAACAGCAGCAGCAACAACAACAACAUCAGCCAGGCGAGUGA